GGAUAUAGUGGUCUGUGGUUCUAAUUUAGGUUUGGAUUAUACGCGUUUUGGGUUAUGUUUUAUCUUGUUUGUCGUUGACUGAAACUGAUUAUAAUUAUUUUUUGUUAAAAUAAUAUAAUAUGGAAGCAAAAACUUUACAGAAAAAGAAGCUAAACAAAACCAAACUUAAGAAAACUAUCAAAAAUGUUCUUUGUCGUCCGGACCCCGUAUUUUGGCCCUUAUUAUCAAAUGACGAGAAAGAAUCAUUAGAUAGCACAUUGAGUAAAUUUAAAAUCCACAUACCAGAGUUCACAAAGCCUCUCUGGAAGGAUUUGAAAUCAAUACCUAAACAGCAAAGACCAAAACAUCCUAAAAUAGAGCGAAUAGAAGGCUUAGUAUUUGGCAUAUCAGAGUGUCUCACAUUAAUAAAAAGUAAACAGUCUUCAGCAAUAGUAAUAGAAUCGGCUGUUAACCCUCGAAUGAUAAUCCAACCAAUUUUAGAAGCUUGCAUCAAUAAUCAAGUACCUGUAGUUUGUUUGGAAGGGUUGAGAAAGACUUGUUUAUCAAAUUUUGGCAUCCCUACCACUUGCUUGGGCGUGCGAAAAGAUUCCUUGAAAGAAAUUAGUGACAAGGUCAAUGAACUUGCCAAAGAUAAAAUUCCUUUAGUACAAACAAAGGAAGCUAAAAAUGAAGACGUAGUACUGUCAAACUCUAAGACAGCCAGCACUAUGGAUGUUGCAGAUUCCUCACAAUGCGUAUAUCUGUAUAGAACUAAUAAAAAGACCAGAGUAUUUGUGCCACCUUCUGAAGGAGAUAUCAAGAAAUCAAAGCUCAAAUUCAUUGGUCAAGAUUUCAUAGAAUUUUCUGACAAAACUAAUAAACCAAUUAGUAAAUCUGACAAGAAGGCUUACAUGAAAAUGCUUGUAAAACGAAUAUCAAAUAACCCUAAUAGAGUGAAAGUGAAAUAAAAUAUUUACAAAUACUUUGUUUAUUUCUGAG